GAGCAAAGCAGUAGUGUAUCAUCAGGACCAAGAGUCUGAGUGGGAUGGAGCCACUGAGUGAGAUGUAAAUGGCGAAGCAGCAGUGUCACCAAGAUAAUUUGGACAUCCAUACAAUUUUAAAGUGCUUUACAUUCAAAGAGAAACAGCAUCACUUCGCUCUGAAGUAAUCCAUUACUGACAAUUAAUGUCAAACUGCACGCUGGAGCAGCACCAUGCUGCCUCGCUGGGUGAAACAUUGCUAAUGGAAAGAAGGCCUUAUAAGAUCCAGCUGAUCAAAAUACACCUAAAUGCAGCAUAAUGCCUUCAAAAGUAUCAUGUUUGUACCUGCUGACAGUGGUCUGCUGGGCGAGCGCUCUGUGGUACUUGAGCAUAUCUCGCCCGACAUCCACUUAUGUCGGCCACAUGACUGUGCCUAUACGUAGGGCUGCGAAACCCCCGAAAAACAUCACCUUCACCAACAUCCACACCCGCCCCCUUAACCCACAUGCCUUUGAAUUUGUCAUCAAUGAGCCGAAGAAGUGCGAAAGUGCCGCUCCCUUCCUGGUCAUUCUCAUAAGCACCACGCACAAGGAGUUUGAUGCGCGGCAGGCCAUCCGGGAGACCUGGGGGGAUGAGAGCACCUUUGGCGACAUCCGCAUCCUCACCAUCUUUCUGCUGGGCAGGAACACGGACUCUGUCCUGAACCAGAUGGUGGAGCAGGAGAGCCAGAUCUUCCAUGACAUUGUGGUGGAGAACUUUGUGGAUUCCUACCACAACCUCACCCUCAAGACCAUGAUGGGCAUGCGCUGGGUUUCUACCUUCUGCCCCAAAGCGCAGUAUGUCUUGAAGACAGACAGCGACAUCUUUGUCAACAUGGACAAUCUGAUCUACAAGCUCCUGAAGCCCACCACCAAGCCAAGAAGGAGAUAUUUUACUGGCUAUGUUAUAAAUGGUGGUCCCAUAAGGGAUAUGCGCAGUAAGUGGUACAUGUCCAGGGACUUGUAUCCCGACAGUAGAUACCCACCUUUCUGCUCGGGCACUGGCUAUGUGUUCUCAAUAGACGUUGCUGAGCUCAUCUUCCAGACUUCAUUGCACACGAGACUGUUGCACCUGGAGGAUGUGUUCGUGGGACUGUGUUUGCGUAAGCUGGGUAUACACCCGUAUCAGAACAGUGGUUUUAAUCACUGGAAAAUGGCCUACAGUCUGUGUAGGUACAGACGGGUUAUCACCGUGCACCAGAUCUCCCCGGAGGAGAUGCACCGCAUUUGGAACGACAUGUCCAGCAAGAAGCACCUGAGAUGCUAGGGGAGCCCUAAACAACUACUUGUAUUUGUUUGCCUUUUCCUCCUUUUUAAGUCUCAUCACACUGAGUAAUGUGAAAAAAAAAAAAUACAUUGCUCGCUGCUGCAAGUCUCUAUUUCAUGACAGAUGUUUUCAUUAACAUACAUCUUAUUCCUGCUGAUUACACCUCACAAUUGUUAAUGAAUGCAUGAGGCCUGUAAAGCGCGUAUUCUCAUGCAUAAUUAAAAUGUGGUGUUUGUUACUGAGAGUAAUUUUGUUCAUGUAUUACAGAUACAAAUUCAAGCAGAAUAUUCUUUCUAAGCAUUAAGUCAAUCAGCGUUAAGCAUGAAGUAGUGUAGCCUAAUGGGUAGAGACUGUGUUUCAAACAGACGACCUUGGUUCAAGCUCACAAUCACAAGUGUCCUUGAGAAAGACACUGGAUCUCUACCAGCUGCAUGGCUGCUGACUCAGCACCCUGAUCUCCCUGCAGGAGAGCAAGCCAAGAGAAUGUCUGCGCAGGAAUCAAUAAAGUAUUAAAUGACUAUAUUACAUCUAUGAUAUUAUACAUUUUACAAGUAUUAUUCACAGAUGAAAGAAGAGUUCCUGAAGAAUAAUAGUGCAAAGAGUUAUUCAACAUAUCCAACAACAAACCAGGUCGUCUGUUGAGGUACAAGUACAUUUACACUCAUGCUGCUCUCUCCUAUUUUUCAUCCUAAUUACGAACAGAUAAGAUAAGAUGCGGUACAUUUUCUCCAAGUAAUAAUAAUUCGAUAUUUCUUUUAUUGAUCACUAUUCUUUUCUUUUGCAGCCGUACAAUUGAAACCGCGUAGCUGAAUUCACCGGAUGCUCUUUUCUUUAAUCAAUUUGCCUGAUGAUUUUGUUUACAUAUCGUUAUGAUUUCACUGCCUCGUCUCUUUGGAAAAGUCCGUUUUUUUUCCGAUGCAUUUGGUUUUCUCUCCUCUUUGACAUUUGUUAUACUUGAGGUAAUUGUGUGUGAGCUACCUGCUCCUCAUUACUCCAGCUGCUGCUCUUGGUUACGUAUGCAGUUCAUCCGCAGCUAUUUCAGCCUCCUCCACAUAUCAAGAGAAAUACAGCAUCAUGUCGUGCAAGUAUGAGUUUAACUGUAUCUAAGAUCAUUACAGACUGGAUGUAUUAUCUUAUCUAUGUGUCUGGCAUAUUGGUGAUUACUAGAGCACUGCUACUGAUACCAUGGAAACAUUUUGUGUUUCUCAGAAAAUGUGGCUUUCGUGGCCAAAUUUUCAUUUCUUUUUUUCAAAGUUUUUGUAGUGUUAUAAGCUAAUGUGACAUUUACUGUGAAAGCAUCUAUCCUGCAAGGGGUUGUUGUUAUAUAUUGUAUGUUUUUUAUAUUAAAAAACAAAUACUUGAAUAAUUAAAGAUAUAUUACUGCUUUCA